GUCCAGGAGCAGAGUAUUAAAUGUCUCCGCAGCAGCUGGAGGAGCUGAUUCAGUCUGAGGCGGCGGCGAUACACAUCAUCACUAAGGAAUCUGAACUAUAGUUUUGUGUAUCGUUAAUCAGUAUAGACUCAGAGUUUAUUCACCCAAGAAGUCCGUUGGAUAAUCUGAAGGCUGCUUGUAUUAUUUGGAUUUUAACCAGAGUUUCACUUCAAAUUUAGUUGGGAAAUCAUAACGGUAAGUUGGAGAUAGUUAACGGUUUCUGGACUUUUUCAGCUUUCUUAAGUUGUCAUCGGAACACACUCGUCUACAUCACUCUAAAAUGUAUGCCGAAUUUUUCUCCUUGACGUAUUUGUAACCUUUGCCAACAUUUUAUUGCGAUAGCUUUUCCUUAAGGCUUUCGUUUCUUGGAAUAGAAAUAUAAUUGCAUGUUUUUGAAGUGGACUUCGGUACGUGUACUGUAUCUGCAUAGCAACGACAUCUCACCUGUCAGUGUUUGAGCGAUUCGUGAUUUGACCCACUCUGUACAUCACUCUAAAAUGUAUGCCGAAUUUUUUCCUUGACUUAUUUUUAACCUUUGCCAACAUUUUAUCGCGAUAGCUUUUCCUUUACGCUUUUGCUUUUUGGUAUAAACUUAAAAUUGUAUGUUUUUAAAAUGGAAUUCCGUACGUGUACUGUAUCUGCAUAGCAACGACAUCUCUCACCUGUCAGUGUUUGAGCAAUUUGUGAUUUGACCCACUCUCUACCAAAAUAAUUACAGCUUGUUUACAUGAAUAACCAUCUUUUUGGGACAUUUGUAGCUUGUAUUUCGCGGAAGAUCUUGAUUAGUGUUAUGUUCCAGGAGAUGUUAACAUACUUUACCUUGUUAGUUGUGUUUUACAUGUAGAGUUAUGCCGAAUUGUUUGUUGUCUUUAACAAAUGUUUUAUACUCAUACUUAAGUCUUGUUUUGUAAUUUGGACCUUUACUCGACAUUAAUUGAGCUCGAAUAGUGCUUUUCUUGCAUGAAGUUCGGCGUGACUACUAACCUUCUAGUUGCACAGAACAACUUCUACCAGGAGAAACUGAUCCGUAUUCAAACUCAUAAGAGCACCAUCGUAUAAUUUUUCUUAUUUUUUAGAUAGCUGUUUAAAGUUUGAAACCACGCUUUGAGUAGAUGAUGUGCAGAUUAUCAUUGACAUCUUCUGGAAAGUGAUGCGUUGUUUACAUUAGAAGCUUGAAAAUUCACUUUUUAAAGUCACUUUUUUUUGAAUAUGUAAUUUUGAUAUUGUUUUCCCCACAUUGAGUCUAUAAUGAUAACUAAAGUUGUGAUAAUGGACCCUAAUGGAGGUUUAUCACAGUCCCGUUUCGAGUGAACCUGCAGAGUCUAACCUCGGUUUUGUCCCCUCACAGGCAGCCUGAUGCCACCGGUGGUUACCAUGCCCAGCAUGAACUAUGACUACGACUAUGACACUAUUCAGCCAUACUUCCUGCUGGAUGGAGAUGAGGAGGACUUCUACCCGCCCCCUUGCAGCCAGCUCCUCCCAGGCCCUGGUGAGGACAUCUGGAAGAAGUUCGAGCUGCUGCCGACGCCCCCUCUGUCGCCCAGCCGGAGAUCCUCCCUCCGCGAAGUCCCGCUGUCUGCCGCCGAACACCUGGAGGCGGUGUCUGACCUACUGGACGACAACUGCAACCCCUCUGCGGCGUUCCUCCAGUCCUUCAUCAUCCAGGACUGUAUGUGGAGCAGCAGCUUCUCCGCCGCCGCCAAGCUGGAGAGGGUGGUGUCCGAGAGGCUGGCCCUGCUGCGUGCACGCCAAGACUCCUCCACAGCUGACAUCGCAGACGCCAGUCAGCAGGUGUGCAGCUCUGAGGUCAACCCGCAGGAUUUCCAGGCGGCAGAGAAAGACUGUAUCGACCCUUCUGCGGUGUUUCCGUGCAGCGCGAUGAGCGAGGACAGCGAGGACGGGGCGGAGAUGGAGGUGGCAUCAGAGCUGUGUCUGGAGAGCCCGCCUCUCAGCAGCAGCGACAGCGAAUCAGGUUAGAGGCAGGCUUUUAUUGUGAAAAGACUCAAUGAUCACAACUAAGUCGUGGUCGUAUUUCGACAAUUUUAUCAAUCGUAGUGGGUUUUAAUUUCAAGAUUUAAAGGGACAUACCACCAUUUUAGCCUUGUUUCAGUGAGUCAAAAUACACUUUUUUGUUUUUAAGUCUGAAAAAGUCAAAUUAUGUCUUUGAUUUUCUCCAGAAGACGAGGAGGAACAGGAGGUGGAGGAGGAUGAAGAGAUCGACGUGGUGACGGUGGACAGGCGAAAGUCGUCAAAGCAGUCGGACUGCAGACUGGUCCUGAAACGCUCUCACAUCGACAUCCACCAGCACAACUACGCCGCCCAGCAGCCUGCGGGGAAGCGGUUCAAAUCCCCGACGCAGAGGCAGAGCAACAGGCGCAGGUGUUACAGUCCCCGCUCGGACGGCGAGGACAGCGAGGACAAACGCAGGACUCACAACGUGCUGGAGAGGCAGCGCAGGAACGAGCUGAAGAUGAGCUUCCUGGUUCUGAGGGACGAGAUCCCGGCGCUGGCGAAGAACGAGCGAGCGUCGAAGGUGGUGAUCCUGAAGAAGGCGACCGAGUUCAUCGAGGAGGUGAGGGAGGACGAGGAGAGGCUGCUGAGGGUGAAGGAGGAGCUGAGGAAGAGGAGCAGAGAGCUGAGACACAGACUGAAGCAGCUGAAGACUUUAUAAACACUUUAUUUUGAAAUCACUAAAGUCACCUUUAGGUGUUUGAAGAACCGGACUUUGAGAAUCAGAGCUGCAGCUGACGUAUUUAAUGAAGAAUCAUGAAAUAUUUAUUAAACUAAACAUGAAAAUAGUGACUGACCUGAACGCUGGAACUACAAGGACCAUAAUGCACUGCACUGUGUGUUUAAAACCUCCCAACUGUGUUUUUGUGUAUAUAUUUAUUUUAUUGUAAUAUUUGCACUCAAGUUUUAUAUAAAUGAUCCAGAUUGUUUUGGAGGAAUAAACUAAAAACCAUGCAUGGAUGUUUUUAAUCCUACAUUUUAUACUUUUGUAUUUGCCUCCUUCAGUUUUAGUGCAUGAAAGCAUUGCAAACCCUUCAAAAUAAAAGCCCUGGAGGUCUUGCAAUCUCA